CAGCAAUGCGAUGUCGUUUGAGUGAAUAACCUGACACCGUAGAAUUGAGAGAAUUUCAAGGACGAUCACCGGAAAAGAUGGUGCACAGUGCAUACGAUUCACUCCAACUAUUCAAGGAUUGCCCUACGAAGAUCGACGCGGUCGAAUCCUACGGCUCAAACCUACUCGUCGCUUGCGCCGACGGAUCUCUACGAAUCUACGGUCCAGAAUCCUCCACCUCAUCUGCUGACCGAUCUCCGCCAUCCAAUCGUCAUUCUCAAACCCUAGAACUGAAGAGGGAACCGUAUGUGUUGGAACGAACUGUCAAUGGCUUCUCCAGGAAACCUAUGUUGGCUAUGGAGGUGUUGGGGUCCAGAGAACUUUUGCUUUCUCUCUCCGAGUCGAUUUCUUUUCAUAAGCUCCCGAAUUUGGAGACGCUAGCGGUGAUCACGAAGGCGAAAGGAGCUAAUGCUUAUUCGUGGGAUGACCGAAGAGGGUUCUUGUGCUUUGCUAGGCAGAAGAGGGUUUGCAUUUUCAGACACGAAGGAGGGCGUGGAUUUGUGGAGGUGAAAGAAUUUGGUGUUCCAGAUACAGUGAAGUCAAUGUCUUGGUGUGGUGAAAAUAUAUGUCUGGGGAUUAGAAGAGAUUACACAAUAUUGAAUGCCACGAAUGGUGCAUUAUCGGAGGUCUUCCCAUCGGGGAGGAUUGCUCCACCUUUAGUGGUGUCUCUGCCAUCUGGAGAACUUCUUCUAGGGAAGGAUAACAUUGGAGUGCUUGUGGACCAAAACGGCAAGCUCCUUCAAGAGGGCAGGAUUUGUUGGUCUGAGGCCCCGAUAUCAGUUGUCAUUCAAAAGCCUUAUGCUACAGCGCUUUUACCAAGACAUAUCGAGAUACGUUCUUUACGAGUCCCUUACCCAUUGAUACAAACGGUUGUUCUUCGUGAUGUUCGCCGUAUUCACCAAGGAAACAGUGCUGUAAUUGUUGCCCUAAACAAUUCUAUCUAUGGAUUAUUUCCUGUUCCUCUUGGCGCUCAGAUUGUACAAUUGACAGCAUCUGGAAAUUUUGAGGAAGCCUUGGCUUUAUGCAAAUUGCUUCCACCAGAAGAUUCAAGCCUUCGAGCUUCAAAGGAGCAGUCAAUUCAUAUUAGAUAUGCGCAUUAUCUGUUCGAAAACGGCAACUAUGAGGAGGCCAUGGAGCACUUUGUGGCAUCUCAAGUAGAAAUAACAUAUGUGCUCUCUUUGUAUCCAUCUAUUGUUAUUCCCAAGUCAUCUGUGGCAGCUGAACCAGAUAAGUUUCUGGAUGUGACUGGGGAGGCGUAUUUAUCAAGAGCCUCCUCUGGUUUGUCGGAUGAUAUGGACUCUUCUUCACCUUCUCAUCUACUGGAUUAUGAUGAGAGUUCAGCUCUCGAGUCCAAGAAAAUGUCUCACAAUACUUUAAUGGGCCUGGUCAAGUUCCUGCAGAAAAAGAGGAGCAGUAUAAUCGGAAAGGCAGCUGCUGAGAGAACAGAGGAGGUUGUCUCAGAUGCUGUUGGGCACACCUUUGUUUCUUAUGAAACAGGCCGCUCGAAGAGAUCAAGCAAGGGCAGAGUUAACAUUCCCCUUGACUCGGGUGCUAGAGAGAUGGCAGCAAUAUUGGACACUGCACUUCUGCAGGCCCUGCUUCUGACGGGACAGGCUGCUGCUGCUUCGGAUUUACUAAAAGGUCUCAACUACUGUGAUGUGAAAAUAUGUGAAGAGAUAUUGCGAAACGGAAAUCAUUAUGUAGGUUUGUUAGAGCUUUAUAAAUGCAACUCACUGCAUCGUGAAGCACUCAAACUUCUCCAUCAGCUGGUUGAGGAGUCCAAAUCAGAUGAACCUAAACUUGAGCUCACCCAAAAGUUUAUGCCCGAGAUGAUAAUUGAAUAUCUUAAACCUCUCUGCGAGAUUGACCCUAUGCUUGUUCUGGAAUUCUCAAUGCUUGUUCUUGAAAGUUGUCCGACACAAACCAUUGAGCUCUUCCUGUCUGGUAACAUUUCUGCAGAUUUGGUUAACUCGUACUUAAAACAGCAUGCUCCAGGCAUGCAGGCUACAUACCUAGAGUUGAUGCUCUCAGUGAACGAAAACGGAAUCUCUGGGAACCUGCAAAAUGAAAUGGUGCAAAUAUAUCUUUCAGAAGUGCUUGAUUGGUAUGCUGGUCUCAUUGCUCAGAAGAAGUGGGAUGAGAAAACUUAUACCUCAACGAGGAAAAAGCUCUUGUCUGCAUUGGAGGGUAUUUCAGGAUAUAGUCCAGAGGUUUUAUUGAAGCGGUUACCAACAGAUGCUCUAUUUGAAGAGAGAGCAAUCUUACUAGGAAAAAUGAACCAACACGAACUUGCAUUGUCCAUAUAUGUUCAUAAGCUUCAUGUUCCAGACCUGGCACUGUCGUAUUGCGAUCGGGUGUAUGAGGUAGGACUUCAUCAACAGCCUGCAAAAGCUCCUGGCAACAUAUACCUCACUCUACUGCAAAUCUAUUUGAAUCCACAUAGAACGACAAAAGACAUCGAGAAGAGAAUCACUAAUCUAGUAUCAUCUCCACCUGGAUCCAAUUCCAAGGUUGGUUGGACAUCUGUUAAAGCUAAAGCAAGAGGUCUAGGUAAGAAAAUUGCAGAUAUCGAAGGUGCAGAAGAUACCAGAAUCAGCCCGAGUGGCACAGAUAGCGGAAAAAGCGAUGGUGAUGCGGAUGAUCCUAUCAACGAAGGAACUUCCAACAUCAUGCUCGAUGAGGUCCUUGAUGUAUUGAGCCAAAGGUGGGACCGAGUCAAUGGAGCACAGGCCCUGAAGCUUUUACCUAAAGAGACUAAGCUACAGAACUUGGUUCCUUUUCUUGGACCUCUGCUGAGAAAAACCAGUGAAGCCCACCGCAACUUUUCCGUGAUCAAGAGACUCCGAGAAAGCCAGAACCUCCAGACUAAAGAUGAACUCUACGGCCAAAGAAAAACGGACGUGAAGAUCACAGCCGACAGCAUGUGUUCCCUUUGCAACAAGAAGAUCGGAACCAGUGUUUUUGCCGUGUAUCCUAAUGGAAACACAAUCGUGCACUUUGUCUGCUUUCGGGAUUCCCAGAAUAUGAAAGCAACCGGAAAAGGUUCAUCUCUACGUAGAAGAUAGAAUGCAUUUAGUAACUUGGAACCGAAAUGAGCCUUCGUUUUAACAACAAAACCGAGUUCGAUACUCCCAAAUACAAACCCGAAUCGAUCCUGAAACUCGAAAAAAGGGUGAUUUCUUAAGAUAUUGUAUAGGCAUGGAAGUUGUUUUGUAAAAAGGUAAUUCCUUCUAUGAAUGAAUUUGGUUAGUGUGGGAUUGAGAGUGAUGUGAAAUUUGUAUUUAUGAACACAUUAAUAUUAUUACUGGAAAGUUUCCAGUGUAAUGUAGCCUCCAUUGGGUACUACUUUUGUUGCA